UGUUUUAUUCGGUGCGUGACCUUCUCCGUGAUCCAGAACACGUUAAAUGUAUUUAUACGAUAAGCUAUGCGUGUGUAUUAAAAAUUGUUCAAACUGAGGCAUACAUUAAAGGCGAAUGAACCGUGUGUAGGGGGGCUAAUGCAUUUUUCUUUCCAUGUGCUUUCAGGACAGGCUGGUGGAACGAAAAAGAAAAAAAAAACAAAAAACGGAGGCAAGGAUAACCGACCGAGUUGCAGUAGGAGCGCAAAAAAAACAAGAACGCCGGCUCAGCGAGCGGAUUGUUCGUCGUCGAAAAUCACGAGUACUUGGCGAGACGUAAAGCAGGCGCUGAGCCUGCUGUGCGUUAAAACAUCGACGAGCAGCGCAGCCAUGCUAGAAGCACCGCCCGGCAGUCGCGAGGACCUCGUGGAAGCGGCGAGGACGCCCUGCUCGCCAUCCGAACUCGAUACGAUGCUGUACGGUUACACCAACAGUAUUUACGUGUUGGACCACACGCCUGAAUCUUUGCCGGAAGUGGACAUGCUGCAGCUGUUUGCCUCGCCAGCCGGCCGGGCGUUGGUGCGAAAUAGCUCCCGAGACGAGCGCCAGCCGCAGCAGCAGCAGGGCUCUUCGACGUCGUCGCUCUCGCGGGGCUUUGGCAGCGGCUCAUCGGCAACGCCAGCGACGUCGAUGACAAAGGAGGGCCGUAGGAAGCGCGGAGCCUUUGGCAAGAGCAACAAGAGGCUGGGCAAGAUGGGUGGCACGAUGAGCGCGCCCGCAUCGCCGCCGGCCCGCCAGCGCAAGUCCAGCACUGAGCUUUACAAGGAGGCCGUCGAGAUACUCGGGCUCACCUGCAAGCUCAGCGACAGCUGCCGCUGCAUCGACUGCCAGAGCAGCUACUUUCAAUACGAUGACGAGUGUGAAACGAGGCCGGAAUUGGCAGCGGGAACGCCUGUAUUACUUGACCACGCGUUGACGCAUCCGCUGGCCUGCUCCAUCCAGUAGCAACUGAUUCAAGUGCGGAUAUUACGCGCUGGAAUAGGGAUAAAUUAAUGCUUCAGGUGAUGGGGGAGGUGAAGAGUCUGGUUUUUUAAUGAUAAACUGUUUCGAGAAGUCGAGGUGUCCUUCAUUUUUUUUAUUAUUACUAAAGCAUUAGUCGACUUUUAUGUGCAUCGAAUAUUUGUUAAGAUUUUCUAUUGGACAACUGUAUUUCAUAAAAUUAACUUUAAUACGUGAUAUUGCUAUUCUACUCUAAAAUAUUUUGAGCUUUACCAACUGAAUUUUUAUUUUAAGUUGAGAAAUCACGUUGUCUUAAAUUGAGUUGACAAAAAAUCUAUGAAAUGUUUUUUCUUGACUUAAUGGUAGUAAUAUGCUCAUUUAGGUCAUACAUUAGGCCUCAAUAAUUGUCAUCGACAUUACAAUUAAUACCAUUGUUAUCGUCAUUAAUAUUAUAGUUGGCAAGGCUGUGCUAAAAUAAUUUCAAGUAAUAAAAAGAAAAAAAAAAUAACCUAAACUCGACAAAAGUACAAUAUAGGUAGAGUGAAGGUUUCGUUCUCGAAAAAACUAAAUUUCAUUCAGCUGAAGCUUUAUUGUCAUUAAGCAUAAUUAUGUAUAAACUUGUUGGAAUUUCCGAGAAAAACGGAUAAAUGGCGGCUGAUUGCAGAAAAAUGAUUACAAUCAAAGUAAAGAAUCAAGAAGAGUUUAUUAAUGAGACCUUGCGUAAUCGCAUUGUUACCUGAUCUCGAAUGCAUAAUUAAUCCAGUGCCGCCAAUAUCGUAAAACGUCAUAGGAUAAUAAUCAUCAUAAAUUUGUCAUCGGGCUUGGAUUUAUGGGCGUUGAGCGUAUGUAUAAGCCACUACAAGCCUAUCAGUAUCACAACAUGUAUUUACAUCACUCGUCAUUGACGAAAACUUGUAAAAUUGCUAAAUUUUCCAGACAUCGUUUUCAUCCUUGAUUUGGCAACAUAAAAUUCAACAUUACUUAUUUUUUACUGCUUUAUCCCACCACAAAUCAAGAAUCAUACUUGACAUUUAAAAAAUCAAAUUCUCAUAAGCCGUUUUAAUGUGACUGCGCAUGAAAAUGAUCUUGGAUGUACUCCUGCUAUACAUACCUUUUAUAAAAGUGAUUAUCUAUAUAGGUAAAAAAAAGUUUAUAUAUUCUAGUUGAUAAGUUGAUACAGUGUAAGAUAAAUGAUAAACGAAGGAAAUACUGGCCUCAAUUAACUAAAAAAAAAAAACAGACGAAUUUUCACGAUUUUAAAGUAUCUCGUUUAAUUUAAUUUGCCUGGCCUAAAAUUUUUAUUAAAGGUCAUAAUAUGUCUAUGACUAAACAUGAGUAUUUGACGAAUGAAAAAAUAAAAUAUACCAAUGAGUAAAGCUCAAGUGCCAAAAAAGCUAUAUUGUAAACGCACCUUGAUCAAACGAUGGAAGUAUUUACCUCUAAUAUCUACGUAAAUUGUAAUAAAGUAUAAUGUAUUCGCUCAAAUUAAUGCGUCAUCAUAAAUAUGUAAUGUACAUAAUCUAAGAGACUGCAAACUAAAGCCAUUAUUGAGUAGGUGUUGAUAUUUCUACGACUAAAUUGAUAAAAUAAUGCGAAUGACGAGGUGAAAUUGAGUGCUCGAGUAUAAGAUGACAACAUUUUUAUCUUCAACGCGAAGAUACUUACACUGUAAUUUAAGAAGACUUAAUUUAUUUGUUUUCUAUGAUUUUUAAGCGGUUGUCACAUUGCUUUAAUUAACUUGUAAGUUUUUUUUUAUUUAGAGUCUUUCGUAAUUGUUCAUACAUUUUUUUUUGUUUAGUAAAUUUUUCGUUGAACUUCUAAUAAACAUUGGUGCGCUAAAUUUGUUAGUCUUUGAAAUUUCAUGUAAAAAUUUUUUUUCUUAAAAAUUAUAGGAUUUUCAAUUCUAUCUAUUUGUUGAAAAAUUAUCUUACUUGUAGAUGUAAGUGAACACGAUCGAUUAUUGUAACUGAAUUCAUCGCAAACAAUACCAAAAGUUAAAUAUUCAAGUAUGAAAUAAGCUCAAAAAGUUGAAAGUAACUGUCAUUUAAAAAUUACGUUGACAAAGGAAGUUUAUUUACAUUUGCAUUGUACCUGUAUGUAAAAAAAAAAGUUUAUAAAUAACGAUAACGAAAACUUUGGUAGAUUAAAAUUCUAGAACCAUAAGUACCUAUGGUUCGGAUGCUCUUAACUAUGAAAAGUAUUAUGCGCAUUGUUGUUGUUGAUUAUGUGUAAAAACAAAAACAAAAAAAUAUCGCGAUAACGGUAGUCCCGAGAAAGUGCUUAUAUAACUAUUAUUUAAUGUUGAAAGCCAUGAAAGUUUUAUACAUGUAAAAAAAUAAAUUAUUCAUGUAAAACUAAUGUUGGAAAAAAGAAUGCUACGAUUUUAUUAAACGAUUGUUUGAAUAUUCAACUGAAUUAGUUGAACUGAAAAUAUAGAUGUCGCGAAAAAACAGUAUUAUUUAAAUUAUUUUGCAUUUCCCGGCAAAGUAAAGCUUUGCUUGAAAAAUUAUGUGAAAACAAUAUCGUGCUAUAAGAAGUCUUUCUCACAGUGCUACAACAAACAAUACGUCAGAAUCAAAUAAUUGUGUGGUUAAAUAUACAAUUUUUAUUUACGAUUUUAUAAGAACUUUUAAACUACCCUUCCGUCGUGAUAAACAAUUUUACAUGAUAUUCAAUUCUUACUGCAAACUAAAAUAUCUAUCGUAGACAAACUAAAAAAAUUAAGACAAGCUUGUCAAAAAGACAUUU